CUAGGGUUUUAGCGAUGGAGGUGGAGCGAAUGGACGAGGAGGAGGAGGAUGUGCGCGACAAGAUGGAAAGAAUGGAGGUGUCGGACAAGAGGCCAGUGGUGCUGAUCGUCAUCGGAAUGGCCGGCAGUGGGAAGACGACGCUGAUGCAGCGCCUUGUCGGGGAGAUCCACGCCAUGAAGCAGCGGCCCUACGUUCUUAAUCUCGAUCCCGCGGUGCCGUCGGUACCUUACGGCUGUAACAUCGACAUCCGUGACACUGUCAACUACAAGAAUGUGAUGAAAGAGUACCGCCUCGGACCGAAUGGAGCGAUUCUCACAUCGCUCAAUCUCUUCGCGACGAAGAUCGAUGAGAUCGUGAGCCUUGUGGAGAAGAGAGCCAACGAAGUGGACUACGUGCUCAUCGACACACCCGGACAGAUCGAGAUUUUCACUUGGUCGGCGUCGGGCGCGAUCGUCACGGAGGCCUUUGCGUGCACCUUUCCGACGUCCGUGAUCUACGUUGUGGACACCUCUCGCUCCGUCAGCCCAGUUACGUUCAUGAGCAACAUGCUCUACGCCUGCAGCAUUCUCUACAAGACGCAGCUGCCGUUCAUUGUCACGUUUAACAAGACGGACGUGGUGAAGCACCAGUUCGCUCUCGAGUGGAUGAAAGACUUCGAGGCUUUUCAGUUAGCAGUCGAGUCGGACACUUCGUAUGCUGCGUCUCUCAGCAAGAGCCUGUGCUUGGUCUUGGACGAGUUUUACAACAACCUUCGAUCGGUGGGGGUUUCAGCCAUCACUGGAUCCGGAAUGGUGGAGUUUUUCAAGGCGGUGAAGGAGAGUGCCGAGGAGUACAGGACAGGCUACUUGGUGGAGCUCGAGAAGAAGAAAGCCGAGAAAGCGAGGCUUGAAGAGAAGCGCCGUCAAGCAGACAUGGAUCGGCUCCGCAAGGACAUUGAAGAGUCGAAAGGAGGCAAGGAGGUUUUGAGCACCAAAUCCAGGAAACAAGAAGACGAUCCUGAUGAAGACGAGGAAGACGAAUAUGACGACUGACCACUAAAUAGGUAGAGUUUUAUGUAAAAAAGAUAGCUGGGAAGAAAAGUCUUUUGGUGCCAAGGCUCGAUCAAAGAUUUCGCCCACACAAAACGGCUUUGAUUAGGAGCUUAUAUGUACUGAAAAAUGCUAUGCAAUCAGGUAACUUUCAGGAUCACUAA